GGUGUAGACAUUGCCUAUAAAAUGUCACUCCCUCAACCUCAGUCCAUUCAACAAGGAAGAACUGUAUUUGAGCAUCUUCCUUCGUUCUACUAGUGUUUUUUUUUUUUUGAAGGAUCAUUCUACUCCACAUAAUUUUAUUAGGGAGAACAACUAACAUUAAAUAUCUUGAUUUAAUUUCUUCUUCUAGUUGUAACACAUUAUACAAUUUUAAUUUAUUUUUAUGGAGUUGACAACAAUGGACAUGCUUCAAAUUUUCCACAUGAACAAAGGCCAAGGAGAAGAAAGUUAUGCAAAGAAUUGUACUGUUCAGAACAAGAUAUUAUCCCUAACAAAAUCAUUUGUUGAAGAAGCCAUACAAGGCUACUUAAGCAAUGAAUUACCAGAGACCAUGGUCAUCGCCGACCUCGGUUGUUCAUCAGGCCCAACGGCCCUAGGGGCGGUGUCGGAGAUAAUCAACAUGGUUAAUGCAAGAUCCCGGAAGAUGGAGGGACAUUCAUCAUCACCCAAGUUUAUGGUGUUUUUGAAUGACUUACCAGGAAAUGACUUCAAUGGGGUGUUUGGAUCACUCAAUAAUUUUCAAAACAAGUUGAAAGAAGAAAAAGGCGGUGAAUUCGAGCCGUGUUCAUGUUUUGUAGCUGGUCUUCCUGGAAGUUUUUAUGGAAGGUUGCUUCCAAACAAGACUUUGCACUUUGUCCACUCUUCUUCUAGCUUGCAUUGGCUCUCUCAGGUUCCAGCGGGUUUGGAUGACAAAGAUAACGCAAAGAUGCUAAACAAAGGAAAGAUAUACAUGUCAAUGACCAGCCCAAAUGAAGUGAUAAAUGCAUAUAAAUUACAAUUUAGAAAAGAUUUCCUUUCAUUUUUGAAAUGUCGUGCAGAAGAAGUGAUUUCAGGGGGGCGUAUGGUGUUAACAUUUAUGGGUAGGAGGUCCAAUGAUUCUACUUCUGAAUAUAAUAAUUUCUAUCCUUGGGAGUUGAUUGCCAGGAGCUUUAACAGCAUGGUUUCUGAGGGAUUGAUUGAAGAGGAUAAAGUGGAUAAUUUCAAUGUGCCAUAUUAUGCACCAUGCCUAGAAGAAGUUAAACAAUUAGUAGAAGAAGAAUCAUCAUUUUUCGGGCAUCGUUUCGAAGCUGUUGAAGUGGAAUGGGAUGGAGACGUAAAACUGAUCAACAACAACCAGUCUGAUGAACAUAGUUUAUGCAAGGCGGCGCUCGCCAAGGGUGAAAGAGUAGCCAAGAUACAUAGAGCUGUGGUUGAGUCUAUGUUGGAGCAUUACUUUGGGAAAAAUAUUAUGGAUGAUCUUUUUCAAAGGCAUAUCAAGAUUUUGGAAGAUCACUUUAUUAAUAACCGUAAUUCCACAAUGAUUAGUUUAGUUGUUUCCUUAAUUAGAAAUUAAUUAGCUUUACCUUACAUGCUUAGAAGGUUACCUCUUACGUACAUAGCUAGUAUUUUAGUUCUUUCCUUGGAUUGCAAGUUAAUUUAAACUUCAUUUGUGCGGCUUAAGAUUUGCUAAUUUUUGUUCUUGUAAUAGUAUUUUUAAAUUGAAUGUGUUGCUAUGAAAUGUUUAAUAAAUUAGCCAUUUAAUGAUAUUCAAUCUCUAAUUUGGUUGAAGAUUUCGA